AUGUUUUCCGAUCUCUUACAGGGUAAAGACGAUUUUGGGGAUUUAUUGCUCUAUCUGGCAUAUUCGGUGAUCGAUCGCAAACUUUUUGUCACAGUAUCAAAAGCAUACAAUUUGAGACCGAUGGAUAUUACCGGUGCUUCAGACCCAUAUGUGAAGGUGGAGCAAAUUUAUCAGCGCCGGCGUGUAAAGGCUCGCAAGACAUCAAUCAAGCGAGCGAACCUCAAUCCCGUGUACCACGAAUGUCUCGAGUUUGAUCUUCCGUUGAACGAAAUUGAACAAACUAAUCUGCUGGUGCAAGUAAUGGACUGGGAUAGGCCAAAGCAUCACUCAGUGGGAACAUGGCACAGUAUUCUUGACGAAGUGCCUGAGGAGUUCCGUAACAUUCCAAAGGCGAAAAAGUAA